AUGCAAUAUUAUGUCUCUUCGGAAGAGCUUCCAACUGUUGAUCAGUUGAACGAUGUUUCUAAGUUUCUCGACACCACCGAUCUCAUCUCCGAGGAAAACAGAUAUUUGACAGAGAUCCCUGUGUCUAAAUUAAGGAAUCUCUACUUUUCAGGUGAAACUAAUGUUGAAAGGAUUGCUUUGGCUUAUUUUCAUAGGGUUGCGUUGGCACAGCAACUUGUUAACUGUAUCACAGAGGUACGUUUCGAGGAGGCUCUUGAUGAAGCCAAAAAGCAGGACUGCUAUUUCCGAAAAACAGGGGAUCUCUGCGGUCCUUUGCAUGGAGUGAUUAUAUCUUUGAAAGACAAUAUCCGGGUUACUGGGCUUAGCACAUCGAUGGGCUUUGCAGCUCUUGCUGAGCAGCUCGAGGAACAUGAUUCGGUCAUUGUGAAACUACUCAAAGAUCUCGGAGGUAUUAUCAUUUGCAAGAGUAAUACAUCAUCUGGAAUGAUGUACUCGGAAACCACAAACGAGCUUUGGGGAAGAACUUUGAAUCCAUAUAACCGAAAGUAUCUUAACAACGGUGGAUCGUCUGGAGGUGAAGGUGCAAUUGCUGCUCUCGGAGGUUCGUGCUUUGGUGUUGGCUCUGAUAUUGGUGGUUCCGUAAGACAUCCUGCUGGCUUGAAUAACGUCUAUUCCAUCAAGCCAUCAUUUGGUAGAAUACCUUGCUUUGGAACAGCCUCUGGGCAGCAAGGACAAGAGUCCGUCCGUACUGUCUAUGGCCUACUGUCCCAUCACCUUGAGAACGUGCAGUAUGGUUUCAAGGCCAUUGUGGAUUCGCAACCUUACAGGCUAUAUGAUUGCUCGUGUAUUCCACUUAAAUAUAAACCAUAUCAUAUUGCUGAAAGGAAGCUCAUUGUUGGUUUCCUAGAUCAGGAUGGCUUAACAUCGGCAACCCCUCCUGUACUUCGAGGACUCGGUAUUGUCAAAAAGGCAGUGAAGGAUGCUGGUCACUAUACUAUUGACUGGCCGGCUACCUAUCUCAAGGAAAUUAGAGAGGCUAUAUAUCCAUUCUAUGAAGCCAAUGGGUUUAAAGGCAUUUUAAAGAUCAUUGAAAAAACAAAUGAACCGGUUGAUAAAAUGCUCUCAAAGUGGUUUCCAAAGGCUCGCGAUAUGCCUGUAUCAGAGCUUUGGCAACUUCAGAGUAAGAGAACCACUUUGGCUCAACAAUAUCUUGAUCUUUGGAAUACCCAUUGUGAUCAUGGAAGAAUUGAUGCAAUUAUCAUGCCGGUAUCGCCAUUUCCUGCAUGUCUCAAGGAUGGUGUCGUUCCCUUGCCAUGUACCGCUAUCUGGAAUGGCUUGGAUUAUUCAGCUUCGACCUUUCCCGUAACCAGAUGCGAGAUAUCCGUAGACGGACCUAUUUUGAAAACACAAUAUGUAUCUGAAUUAGACAAAAAGGUGCACCAAACUUACUCAGAUAAUUUAACCAAGUUUGAAGGUGGUCCUGUUGCACUUCAAGUCGUCUGUAACAGAUUGGAAGAAGAGAAAUGCUUAGAAUUGACUAAGUAUAUAAGUAGCUUGUUGCGUUGA